CGGAGUUGCCGCUCAAGAGAGGCGCGUCCUCUCUUCCCCCAGUCUUUGCCUUCAUCGGCAUCAUCUCUCCUGUGCUGUCAAACUAUACUUUCUAUCCCAAAACCCUUAUUUUCAUUCACUGUUGCACUAGUCGCAGCUGCCCACCAUAGUUCAUUUUCUCCCUUUGCUCUCUGCGCCGCCUUUACAUAUACGGCCGCUGCACUCAGUCGUACGCAUCUUCUUCUUCGUCUUCAAACAUGGCAACGUCGUCCGUCAAGUCUCUUAACAAAUCCCCUGGCCGCCGUCGCUUUGUUUUUAAGACAUUCUACGAGAGAAUAGAUGAUAUAGAUAUAAACGUCUAUCAGAGUCUUGAAAAAGUCAAGUUGGAGCCAUCGGAGGGUUCCUCCUUCUUUAGAGACUGCCUGGUAGAAUGGAGGGAGUUGAAUACUGCUGAGGAUUUCAUCUCAUAUUAUGAAGAAGUUAUGCCCUAUACACAAACAUUGCCCUUGGUACUGUUGCACAAGGAGUCGUUAAUCUCAAAACUCCUUUCUAGAUUGCAAUUAAAAGCAAGGCUAUCGCUUGAGCCGAUUUUCAGGUUAAUUGCAGCUUUAUCUAGAGAUCUCCUGGAGGAAUUUGUUCCGCUUUUGCCAAGAAUUGUUGGUUCUUUAGUGUCUCUCCUAGAAAGUGGGGCUGAUCGAGAUCCAGAGAUCAUUGAGUGGAUGUUCAUUUCAUGGUCAUACAUAAUGAUGUAUUUGCAGAAGUAUCUAAUAUAUGACACGUUACAUGUGCUCAAGGCCACAGCAAAAUUGAGAUAUUACCCAAAAGAGUAUAUCCAACAAUUCAUGGCUGAGGCUGUAUCAUUUGUUCUGAGAAAUGCACCAGAUGAGCAUCUUAAGAGAGGAAUUGGAAGGGUCAUGCUAGAAGCAGUGAAGAAGCCCUCACCCUGCAGAGAAUCAGGUGUUCAAGCUCUACUUUAUCAUGUUAUGACAGUUUCCUCAUUAAGACUCCAUUCAAAAGCAGAACGAGUAUUGAAAUUACUGACAAGCAAGGCAAUAUAUUCUAUUGGUGAUAAAGAUAACCAAGAAUCAAGCACUGUGCUGGAAAUUGUAAAAUCUAUCUUUGAGAAAUUGUGUGAGAUGAUGGAGCCCAAGGAAUUGAAUCAAGUGUGGGAAUGCUUAUAUGAGGAAGUCAGAGAAUGUGCUUGUACUGGAGGGAUUUCGCAUUUAAGAUGCCUUCUAUCAGUGCUAAUUUCAGCUGUAAAGGCCCACAAUGGGCGAAAAGUUUUGGAUUAUAAACCUAUGCUUGAACUUGUCUUGUUGCUUGUGCGGAUGUACAUCACAACUUCUGGCAUGAUCAAGUCCCAAGAUGAUAUAUCUUUGGUUAUUGACAGAAUUUUGAAAUUAAUGUUGGGUAUUCUUAACGGGCUCCGCGGCUACAUUGACAAGUCUUUAAUAUCUGAGUGUGCAUUGCAGUGGGCUCCUGUUUUUAAGUUACAAAGCUCCAGUUUACUUCAUUUUAUUAGAGAGUUGCUACUCAUGGAACAUUGUUUACAUGCAUUCAGAGGUGCUGUUUUAAGUGCAAUAGAUGAUUUGAUGGAGAAUUCAGAGGAAGAAGUAAUAUAUUUGUUACAGUCCUUCUGCGAGGAAAUGCAAUUAAACGUACAGAAGGAAGACUUUGUGGAUGGUACAAGUGCUGAAGCACUUGCAAGGAUUUCCAGUCAUUUGCAAGGAAUCAUCAAUAAAGCAAUAAGUUAUAUUGCACAUUGUGAAGUAUCAUGUCAAAUUGAUGAAGGAAAGUUGGCACUUCUAUGGGGAGCUGUUAGCUGCUAUUCUCACAUGUCAGUUGUCAAGGCCAAUCCAUCUUUGUUAGUGGAUCUUGUUAAUGCAGUAGAUCACCUUGUGAAAGUUAAACCUGGCUACAUUGCAGAUAGUUCUAAAAAAGCCUGGGAAAGCAUUAUAGGUGCUGCGUUAAGUUCUUACGACAGUCUAUGUCGCAACAGUAGCUGUGGAGUUGAUGCGACAGAGAAGUUUUUAAGUCUUGCAAAAAGCUAUCGAUCAUCUUCACGAGUGUUGUCAGCUGUAGCUGAUCAUUUGGAAUCCAAGUAUGGUUCUCCUUUAGAAGAAGCUGGCUAUAGAAAAAUUCAUUCAGAGAUUGAAGAGAGGAUUGACAGUGUGGUGACCAUAUUUGCUGAUAAUCUGAGCCAUCCAGACAAGGGGAUUCGCAUUUCAACUCUCAAAAUACUCUGUCUCUACAAAUUCCCGGAUAGGGAAAUUCCUUCAGCAGAGCAGAUGGCCAAGAAGAGAAGGAAAACUGAACUUUCUCAUAUUUCCAGCGCAGAUAGAAUGCCAAGUAAUGUUCUUCAGCUCCUUCUCUCAAUUGAAACAACUCCUAUUUCAAUUGCUACCAGCAGAUGCAUUCAGCGAGUGAUUUCCAAGAUCCAGAUGGACCUAUCUGCUGGAAGGAUCUCUGAAGUUUAUGUACCCCUUGUUUUGAAUGGAUUGCUUGGCAUCUUGAAUAAUCGUUUUAGUUACCUCUGGAAUCCUGCGUUGGAAUGUCUUGCAGUCUUGAUUAGUCAACAUUUUGCACUUGUGUGGGAUAACUUCGUGUGUUAUCUUGAACGAUGUCAAUUGAUAUCACAGACCUUUUCGGUGGUAGAUCAUUGUGUGAAUGUUGUAUUGCCUGAUAGGCCAACUGGUCUCUGUGACUCUUUCCAACAAUUUGUCAAUUGUGCUUCUGAUAGUACACCUUGUGUGACAAUCUUGUCAUUGUUGCUGCAAUGUUUACAAAAGAUUGCAACUGUUGUUGAAUCCCGGUCUCGGCAAUUCAUACCUUUAUUCCUAAAGUUUUUAGGAUACAACACUGGUGACCUUGUGAGUGUGGGAUUGUUUGACAAUCAAGCUUGUAAAGGCAAAGCAUGGAAGACUAUCCUGAAAGAAUGGUUAAACUUGUUGAAGCUGAUGAAAAAUCCCAAGUCAUUUUACUGGAGUCAAUUUCUUAAGGAGGUUUUGCAAAACAGGCUUAUGGAAGAAAAUGAUCCUGAAAUUCAAAUGAAAGUUCUGGAUUGCUUGUUGACCUGGAAGGAUGAUUACCUUGUACCAUAUGAUCAGCAUUUGAGAAACUUGAUCACUUCAAAAAAUUUGAGAGAGGAAUUAACAACAUGGAGUUUAUCUAGAGAAGCUGGCACCAUUGAGGAAUGUCAUAGGAUGCAUCUUGUUCCAUUAGUUAUACGUCUUUUGAUGCCAAAAGUCAGAAUGCUAAGGGAACUUGCUUCUCGGAAGAAUGCAAGCAUAUAUCAUCGGAAGGCUAUUCUGCAAUUCAUUGCUGAAGUUGAUGUCAAUGAGCUGCCAAUUUUCUUUGCAUUAAUGAUAAAGCCAUUGCAGAUAGUAAAUAAAACUGAUGGACCUGCCAAGUUGUUUUGGACUCUACCUGGAGGUUCUGUUAGUGAGUUUCAAGCAUCAUCUUUGUUAGAGUAUUUCACCUCAGAAAGUAUAGCAGGGAUUUCCUUGAAAAAGAGAUAUGCUUUUCUGCAUGUUAUUGAAGAUUUCCUUGGAGUUUUUGAUGACUCGCACGUUAGACCUUUUCUUGAUCUAUUGAUGGGAUGUGUGGUUCGGGUAUUGGGAAGCUGUGCAUCAGGUCUUGACAAUGCAAAAUUGAAUGAAUUCCCUUCAGAUCAAAGCGAUUCUGGAACUAAUUCAUUUUCCCAAAGGGAAAAUGUCACUCCAGUAAAUAAAAUCCUGACCACCACAACUUUGAAGCAGUUCAAGGAUAUGAGAUCUUUGUGCCUGAAAAUUGUUUCAUUUGUGCUUAACAAGUAUGAAGAUCAUGAAUUUGGUUCUGAUUUGUGGGACUUUUUCUUUGCCUCAGUAAAACCUUUGAUUGAUAGAUUCAAGCAGGAAGCUGCUAGUAGUGAGAAACCGAGUUCGCUCUUCUCUUGCUUUUUGGCCAUGGGUAGAAACAAUAAUCUUGUGGCUUUAUUAUGCCGGGAAGAGAGUCUUGUUUCUGAUAUAUAUUCAAUUCUCCGUGUCAAAUCAGCUUCUGAGGCAGUUAUAGUUUGUGUUCUAAAGUUUGUUAAUAACUUGUUGAACCUUGACAAUGAAUUGGAUGAUGAAGAAAAUCCUGCGCAAAGAGUUUUGCAUUCCAACAUUGUGGGACUUGUAGACAGCUUGUGUUUUCUAUUUGGAAACGAUACUGCAGCCAAGAGAAAGCUGGUCAAAUCUCCUGGGGAGAUGGUGAUAAACAUUUUAAAAUUUUUACCAAAGUACAUCAAGGAUGCGGAUCUGGCAAGGCAUUUUGUAGAUAUUUUGCUUCUGUUCAUCGAGAAGAAAUCCCUUACUUCUGAUGCCUGUGCUGAGGUUUUGCAAGUCAUUCAAAAUUUCAUACCAAUACUAGGAAAUGGUUGUGCUACUAAGAUUCUGAAUGCUAUCUGUCCUUUAUAUGUUUUGGCGGAGCUGGAUAUGCGGUUGAGGGUCUGUGAUCUUCUUGAUACACUUGCAGCAUCUGAUAUGUCUAUUCUCUUAGUGGCAAAACUUCUUCGCCAGCUGAAUGCAACAGCUUCUUCGAUGGGUUGGCUUAAUCAUGAUGCAAUUCUUGAGGCUUAUGAAAGCAUUAAUUCUGACUUCUUCAGAAAAGUUGAGGCUGAUCACGCAUUACUUGUUUUGUCCCAUUGUGUGCAUGACAUGUCAUCUAAAGAACUGACGUUUGUGGUUAGCGCCUGUAGUUCAUUGUUGUCCUUUGUUGAUUUUUCUGCCCUGAUCUUUAAUAAAGAAGGAAACAGUGAUGGAGAGUUGUCUGUGAUGAGAGACACUGAUGGUUGUUGGACAAGAUCAUGCAUCCAACGUAUCACAAACAAAUUUCUUUUGAAGCAUAUGGCUGAUUCAAUGGAUGGAGUACUUUCUGUUAGGAAGGGAUGGAUAAAAUUGUUGCGUCAAAUGGUCUUGAAGCUUCCAGAAGUGUCAAACUUUAAAUCGCUUGUGGCUCUGUGCAGUGAAGAUGAAGAAGUAGAUUUUUUCAAUAACAUUGUUGACUCAAAGAUGCAUAGGAGAGUAAGGGCUUUGUCACGGUUUAGAAAUAUUAUCAGUAUGAACAAGAUGUCUGAGGGUAUCAUCAAGAAAGUGUUUUUGCCUCUCUUCUUCAACAUGUUGUUUGAUGAACAAGAAGGAAAGGCUGAACAUAUGAAAAAUGCAUGUAUAGAGACCAUAGCUUCUGUGGCUGGUCAAAUGGAGUGGAAGUCAUACUAUGCCUUAUUGAACAGAUGCUUUCGGGGGAUGUCCAGCAGUCCAGACAAGCAGAAAGUGUUUAUUCGGCUGAUAUGCUCUAUUUUGGACAGAUAUCAUUUUUCAGAAAUCUCUCACCCUAAAGAACCAUCAUUGGGCUCUGAUUCUGAUUUUGGGACUGCUGUCACUUCUUCGUCUGCUGCCUCAGGUGACUCUGGUAAUUCUGUUGUGGACAGAGAGAUACAGGCUUGCCUGUCUGAAGUUGUUUUCCCAAAGAUACAAAAGCUUAUAAAUUCUGAUUCAGAAAAGAUCAAUGUGAAUAUCAGUCUUGCAGCAUUGAAACUACUUAAGUUGCUUCCAGCAGAUGUAAUGGAUUUGCAUCUUUCAAGUAUUGUUCAUCGAAUUUCAAACUUCUUAAAGAGUCAUCUAGAGAGCAUUCGUGAUGAAGCUAGGUCUGCAUUGGCAACGUGUUUGAAAGAGCUUGGAUUGGAAUACUUGCAAUUCAUUGUAAAAGUUUUGCAAGCUACCUUGAAGAGAGGAUAUGAACUUCAUGUGUUAGGUUACACACUCAAUUUUAUUUUAUCUAAGUGUCUUUUGAAUCCAGUGAAUGGAAAGUUAGAUUACUGUUUGGAAGAUCUUCUUUAUGUGAUUGAGAUGGACAUUCUUGGAGAUGUUGCUGAAGAAAAGGAAGUGGAAAAGAUAGCUUCAAAGAUGAAAGAAACCAGGAGGAAAAAGUCAUUUGAAACCUUGAAAUUGAUAGCCCAAAACGUUACAUUCAAAAGCAAUGCAUUGAAGCUUCUUGCACCAGUGACAGCUCAAACGCAGAAUAACAUCACACCAAAAGUAAAAUCAAAGUUGGAAAAUAUGCUGCAGCAUAUUGCUACUGGUAUUGAAUGCAAUCCAUCCGUAGAUGAGACUGAUUUGUUUAUUUUUAUUUAUGGCCUUGUUGAAGACGGGAUUAAAGGUGAAAUUUGUAAGCCUGGAAAUAAAUCAAUUAACAUGGUUGAUAAGCCUUGUAUUGAUUCUAAUAAAAAGUCUACAAGCCGUGGAGUUGAAUUUGGCUCAUUAUGCUCGCAUCUUAUUAGGGUGUUUGCUCUCAGAAUAUUGCAUAAACAUAUGAAAGGUAUGAAACAGGAUAUGAAAGAUGCAAAUAUUCUAUCUUUACUAGAUCCUUUUGUCAGGAUACUGAGUGAGUGCCUGUGCUCCAAGUAUGAGGAUAUUUUGUCUGCUUCCCUUGGAUGUCUUACACUAUUGGUAAGGUUGCCCUUGCCAUCCCUUGAAUCCCAAGCUGAAAGACUAAAGGCUGCCCUUUUGAACAUAGCACACACUACAGUGAACUCUAGUAGUCCUUUAAUGCAGUCAUGUUUGACGUUGCUGACUGUGCUUUUGCGGAGCACCAAAAUCACACUUACGUCAGAUCAGCUACACCAUCUAAUUCAGCUUCCAUUGUUUGUUGAUCUUGAAAGGAAUCAAUCUCCUGUGGCCCUUUCACUCCUUAAGGGUAUUGUCAAUCGCAGGCUUGUUGUACCUGAAAUUUAUGAUCUUAUUACCAGGGUUGCUGAAUUGAUGGUGACAAGUCAAUUGGAAUCAAUUCGCAAGAAGUGCAGUAAGAUUUUGUUGCAAUUUCUGCUUGAUUAUCGUCUUGCAGGAAAACGCUUGCAACAACAUCUAGAUUCCCUUCUUGCAAACCUAAGGUAUGAGUAUUCAACGGGACGGAAAUCUGUUCUUGAAAUGAUUCAUGCUGUCAUAGUCAAAUUUCCAAGAAGUGUUUUGGAUGAGCAAUCACAGACAUUAUUUGUCCAUUUAGUGGCCUGCUUGGCCAAUGACAAUGAUAAUUCUGUUCGUUCUAUGAGUGGGGCUGCUAUAAAGGAGCUCAUUGGUUCAAUAAGCCCAAAUUCAUUAAACUCCAUACUUGAGUAUGCUUUAUCUUGGUAUUUGGGCGAGAAGCAGCAACUUUGGGGUGCAGCUGCACAGGUUUUGGGGCUGCUGAUUGAGAUAUUGAAGAAAGGAUUUUAUAGACAUGUUAAUUGUAUCUUACCAGUGACUCAUCGCAUCUUGCAGUCUUCCAUAGAUGUAAUCACUGAUAGGGAGGUUGACUUUGCGGAUUCUAUUAUUCCUCAUUGGAAGGAAGCAUACUAUUCUUUAGUUAUGUUAGAGAAGCUGAUUCAUCAGUUCCGUGAGUUAUGCUUUGCUGGGGAUCUUGAGGUUAUAUGGGAUGCGAUAUGUCAGAUGCUUUUGCACCCACAUUCAUGGAUACGCAACAGAUCGGUCCACCUUAUAGCCCAAUACUUCACACAUGUAGUUGAUGCUUGCAAAGAACAUCAGAAGUCUCUGGCAAAUUAUUAUCUUAUGAGUCCUAGUAAUCUAUUUCAUGUAGCUGCUUCACUUUGCUGCCAACUUAAAACUCCACCCAUGGAUGAUACCGAUGCCAACCUGAUGAACCAAAGUAUCGUCUUUGCCAUUUGCGGGGUCCAUUCUGUAAUGGGACUAAUUUCACCUGUAGAUCCUGCUGCAUUCUGGUCUGCUCUUGAGCAGCACGAGAAGGACCGGUUCCUUAAAGCUUUUGACUUGCUUGAUUCAAGGAAGGGAAGAAACUUGUUCUUACUUCAUACAUCUUCUGUACAUGAACAAAACAACCAGCAGAGUGCAGAUAAUCUCCAACAUGUUCUUGUCUCAGUACUGCUCAGGAAAAUGGGGAAGAUUGCCUUUCAAAUGGAAACUUACCGGAUGGGAAUAGUCUUCAACAUUUUUAAAAGUGUAAUGUCACAGAUUAGUCAGGAUGACGUUCUGCAUUAUGCAUCUGAAGUCUUACUACCUCUGUAUAAGGUCUGCGAAGGAUUUGCUGGGAAAGUAAUCCCUGAUAAUGUGAAACAGUUAGCGGAAGAAAGCCUUGAGAAAGUGCAGAACAUUCUGGGGACCCAGAACUUUGUGCAGGUGUACAACCUUAUUGGGAAGAAGCUAAAGGCAAAGAGAGAUAAGAAGAAACAAGAAGAAAAGAUCAUGGCUGUCAUCAAUCCAAUGCGAAAUGCCAAGCGCAAGAUGAGAAUUUCUGCCAAGAAUCGUGCCAAUAAAAAGAGAAAGAUUUUGACUUUGAAAAUGGCUAGAUGGAUGCAUUAAUUGAUCUCAACUUCAAGAUCCAUAUUCUUUUGCAGGUCAACUGCAGCUUCCCAUUUCAGCGUAAUGCCAGUUGCAUGUUUUUUUUUUUUUUGACCAAAAUGCUAGUUGCAUGUUUAAGCGAUGGUUUUUUUUAGAAUAAUUCUUAUGAUUCUAUUAUUGUAUAUUUUAUUAUUUUCGAUCAUUUUUUGGAUGUUGAGCACUGUAUAAUACCGUUUGCGGCUAUUAAUGUAACCUUGGCGUUCGGUUUUCA